UUCUUCUUUUCGCUUGUGUGCAGAUAGACGUCCUUCCUUGCAACUGGAAAAUAACCUCAUCAAGGAGGCACUGGUGCACUCGAAGCUCCAUUCGGCGGAGGAUACCGCUAUAAUGGGUGUUUAUCACGAGAGUGGACUUAAUAACAGUUUUCGUGCUCGCGGAUUUAGAUAGAAGACAACACAUCUUGACGCCCGCUAGCUAACGUCACAUCUCUCCUCCGUCCUAUGUUUUCACCCAGCUGACUGUCUUCAAACGAGGAACAUAAAAAGUAACUUACUGGGAAACAAGUCUAAACUGCAAACAUGUCUGGAGCAUCUGUAAAAGUCGCCGUCCGUGUACGGCCCUUCAACACCAGGGAGACAAGCAAGGACUCAAAAUGUAUCAUCCAGAUGCAAGGGAACACUACAAUUAUUUCCAACCCCAAAGCCCCAAAGGAACCAGCAAAGACCUUCAGUUUUGAUUACUCUUACUGGUCACACACUACACCAGAGGACCCCAGCUUUGCAUCACAGAACCUUGUGUUCAAUGACAUCGGCAAAGAAAUGCUGCAGCAUGCUUUUGAGGGAUACAACGUCUGCAUUUUUGCCUAUGGUCAGACUGGAGCUGGCAAAUCAUACACCAUGAUGGGCAAGCAGGAGGAGGGACAAGAGGGAAUCAUUCCCAUGCUCUGUGAAGAUCUAUUUGAUAAAAUCAAUGAGGACAACAACAAAGAGCAGCUCUCCUACUCAGUGGAGGUCAGUUACAUGGAGAUCUACUGUGAGCGGGUGCGAGAUUUGCUCAACCCGAAAAACAAAGGGAAUCUACGAGUGCGAGAGCACCCGCUACUGGGCCCCUAUGUGGAGGACCUUUCCAAGCUAGCUGUUACCUCCUACACAGACAUCGCUGACCUGAUGGAUGCAGGCAACAAAGCCAGAACUGUGGCUGCCACCAACAUGAACGAGACCAGCAGCAGGUCACAUGCUGUUUUUACCAUCGUCUUCACACAGAAGAAGCAUGACAGCGAAACAGACCUCUCCACAGAAAAGGUCAGUAAAAUUAGUCUGGUAGACUUGGCUGGAAGUGAGCGAGCAGAUUCCACCGGAGCUAAAGGUACCCGGCUAAAGGAGGGAGCAAACAUCAACAAAUCUCUCACUACCUUAGGAAAGGUUAUCUCUGCCUUGGCUGAAGUGAGCAAGAAAAAGAAGAAGAGUGACUUCAUCCCGUACAGAGACUCAGUCCUGACAUGGCUAUUGAGGGAGAACCUGGGUGGAAACUCAAGAACAGCCAUGGUAGCUGCCCUCAGUCCUGCAGACAUCAACUAUGAUGAAACUCUCAGCACUCUUCGCUACGCUGACCGAGCCAAGAACAUCAAAUGCAAUGCUGUCAUCAAUGAGGAUCCCAACAAUAAGUUGGUACGUGACCUGAAGGAUGAAGUGAAUCGACUAAAGGAGCUGCUCCGUGCGCAGGGCCUGGGAGACAUCCUCGACACCCCUAUUGGUUCCCUGACAGCCUCUCCAUCCUCUGGCACACUGUGCAGCCAGGGUGGCCUUCAGUCAGUCACCAGCAUCCAGGAGCGCAUCAUGUCCACCCCUGGAGGAGAGGAGGCUAUUGAAAGACUCAAGGAGUCAGAAAAGAUCAUCGCCGAGCUCAAUGAAACCUGGGAAGAAAAACUCCGAAAGACGGAGGCAAUCCGCAUGGAGAGGGAGGCCUUGCUUGCAGAGAUGGGUGUGGCAAUCCGUGAAGAUGGAGGCACUCUGGGAGUCUUCUCUCCUAAAAAGACACCACACCUGGUUAACCUGAAUGAGGACCCUCUCAUGUCAGAGUGUCUGCUCUACUACAUCAAAGACGGAAUCACCAGGGUGGGUCAGGCUGAUGCUGAAAGACGACAGGACAUUGUUUUAAGUGGUGCUCAUAUCAGGGAAGAGCACUGCAUCUUCCGCAGCGAGAGGAAUGCCAAUGGAGAUGUUAUCGUCAUGCUGGUGCCCUGUGAGAGAUCGGAGACUUACGUCAAUGGCAAGCGUGUUGAGGGUGCAAUCCAGCUUCGCUCAGGUAACCGUAUAAUUAUGGGAAAGAACCAUGUGUUCCGAUUUAACCAUCCUGAGCAGGCCAGAGCUGAGAGAGAGAAGACUCCAUCUGCUGAAACCCCGGUGGAGCCGGUGGAUUGGACUUUUGCUCAGAGAGAGCUUCUGGAGAAGCAGGGCAUUGACAUGAAGCAGGAGAUGGAGAAAAGGCUCACUGAGAUGGAAAUCUUGUACAAAAAAGAAAAGGAGGAGGCAGACCAACUUCUGGAGCAACAGCGACUGGUGUACGAGAGCAAACUGCAGGAACUUCAGAAACAGGUGGAGACUAUUUCUCUGGUAGCCGAGACGCCUGAUGAAGAAGAGUUGGAAGAGGAGGAAGAAGAGGAAGUGCCGUGGACUCAGCAUGAGUUUGAGCUGGCUCAGUGGGCCUUCAGGAAGUGGAGGUACCACCAAUUCACCUCCCUUCGUGACCAGCUGUGGGGAAACGCUGUGUACCUGAAGGAGGCCAACGCCAUCAGUGUGGAGCUGAAGAAGAAGGUGCAGUUCCAGUUUGUCUUACUGACAGACACGCUGUACUCCCCGCUGCCCCCUGAGCUCCUGCCUUCAGAGCCAGAGAAGGAGCGAGACCCCAGACCUUUCCCCCGCACUGUGGUUGCUGUUGAGGUUCAGGACCUGAAGAACGGAGCUACACACUACUGGUCCCUGGAGAAACUCAAGCAGCGGCUGGAGCAGAUGAGAGAGAUGUAUGACCGAGCGGGAGAAAUGGCUUCCUCAAACCAGGAGGACGGAGAGGGAACUCUGACAGGAAAUGAUCCCUUCUAUGACCGCUUCCAUUGGUUUAAACUGGUUGGGAGCUCCCCAAUCUUCCACGGUUGUGUCAAUGAACGCCUGGCCGACCGUACGCCCUCGCCCACCUUCUCCACCACCGACUCAGAGAUCACCGAGCUGGCAGACGAGCGGCAGAGCGAAAUGUCCGACUUGAUGGACGACGAGGCGUUCGUGGACGACACCAGUUCGGACGCUGGAACUGAGGAGGGCUCGGACAUCUUCAGCGACGGCCAGGACCCCUUUUACGACCGCUCCCCCUGGUUCAUCCUGGUGGGAAGAGCUUUUGUGUACCUGAGCAACCUGCUGUACCCUGUACCGCUGGUGCACCGUGUUGCCAUAGUAACAGAGAAGGGCGAGGUGCGUGGUUUCCUGCGUGUGGGGGUUCAGGCUAUAGCUGCUGACGAGGAGGCCCCAGACUACGGGUCAGGAGUUAGACAGUCAGGAACCGCCAAGAUCUCCUUUGAUGAUGAAUACUUCAAAAAGAAUGACUUUCCCUCCGCGGUUAUGACCCGCUCCGGCAUGUCCCUGGAAGAGCUGCGCAUUGUGGAGGGCCAGGGCCAGAGUUCAGAGGUCAUCACACCCUCCGAGGAGCUCAACAGAAUCAAUGACAUGGACCUCAAGCUGGGAAAUGUCGCAGACACCAAGCUGGGUCUUGGUGACGAUCUAGCAGACCAACUGGAGGUGGGCAGCAUCUUUACCUUCCGUGUUACUGUGCUUCAGGCCAGCGGCAUCCCUCCGGAGUAUGCAGAUAUUUUCUGCCAAUUCAAUUUCCUGCAUCGUCACGACGAGGCCUUCUCCACUGAGCCUCUGAAGAAUGCUGGCAAAGGAGCUCCUCUGGGCUUUUACCAUGUUCAGAACAUAUCAGUUGAGGUCACAGAGUCUUUCAUUGAGUACAUCAAGACCAAGCCCAUCGUGUUUGAAGUGUUCGGCCACUACCAGCAGCACCCACUGCAUCUUCAUGGCCAGGACCUGAUCAGUCCUCCAACACCAUCAAGGAAAUACUAUCCUAUCCCCAUGCCCCUGUCUAGACCAGUUCCAGCCACCAAGUUAAACACCAUCACCAAGUCCAACCUGGGUCAGUGCGUCAGUAAGUACGACCUGCUGGUGUGGUUCGAGAUCAGCGAGCUGGAGCCAACCGGAGAGUACAUCCCAGCUGUAGUGGAUCACAGUGGAGGACUCCCCUGCCAUGGCACCUACCUACUGCACCAGGGAAUCCAGCGGAGGAUCACAGUGACUCUUAUCCAUGAGAAAGGGAGUGAGCUCCACUGGAAGGACGUCCGAGAGCUGGUCGUGGGUCGUAUCAGAAACAAGACCGAAGUGGACGACAGCGCUGCAGACGCUGUCCUCUCCUUGAACAUCAUUUCAGCCAAGAACAUUAAAUCAUCCCAUAACUCCAACAGGACUUUCUACCGCUUUGAGGCGGUGUGGGACAGCUCUCUGCACAACUCCCUCCUACUAAACCGAGUCACUCCAUACGGAGAGAAAAUCUACAUGACCCUGUCAGCAUAUCUAGAGCUGGACCACUGCAUCCAGCCUGCUAUUAUUACCAAAGACAUCUGCAUGGUGUUCUACUCCCGAGACGCAAAGAUCUCUCCUCCUCGAUCCCUGAGGAACCUCUUUGGGAGCGGAUACUCCAAAACCCCAGACUGCAAUCGAGUCACAGGCAUCUAUGAGCUGAGCUUGUGCAAGAUGUCGGACACUGGAAGCCCAGGGAUGCAGAGAAGGAGGAGGAAGAUCCUUGACACAUCUGUGGCUUAUGUGCGUGGAGAGGAGAACCUGGCCGGCUGGAGGCCCAGAGGAGACAGUCUCAUCCUGGAGCACCAAUGGGAGCUGGAGAAAAUGGAGCAGCUUCAUGAGGUGGAGAAGACCCGUCACCUCCUCCUGCUGAGGGAGAAGCUGGGAGAGGCCGCUCCGGUGGGAACAGCUCCCACCACCAAGUCCCUGAGCGAGCUGUUGUCUCCAAGUAUGAGUACAGGCAGCCUGUCCACUUCAACCUCCAUCUCCUCACAGAUCUCCAGCACCACCUUUGAAAGUGCCAUCACCCCCAGCGAGAGCAGCGGCUAUGACUCCGCCGACAUCGAGAGCCUGGUGGAUCGUGAGAAGGAGCUGGCUACAAAGUGCCUGCGCCUCAUGACACACACCUACAACAGUGAAUACAACCAGGUGGUCAACAGUAUCAGUGACUGCAAGCUGUCCGACAUCUCACCAAUGGGACGUGAUCCAUCAGUGACCAGCUUCAGCAGCGCCACCCUCACCCCCUCCUCCACCUGUCCUUCUCUUGCUGACUCUCGCUGUAGUUCCAUGGACCAGAAGACCCCAGAGAACAGCUCCCGUGCCUCCAGUCCCUCCUGCUCAGACUAUGAAAACUUCCCGAUGGUUCCCAGUCUGGAGACUUCCUACCUGGCACGAGCUGGAAAGAACGAGUUCCUUAACUUGGUGCCUGAUAUUGAAGAAAUGAGGCCAGGAUCUGUUGUAUCUAAGAAAGGUUUCCUGAGCUUCAUGGAGCCACGCUCCAACUCGUGGGUGAAGCACUUUGUGGUUGUGCGCCGGCCCUACGUCUUCAUCUACAACAGUGACAAGGACCCAGUGGAGCGAGGCGUCCUCAACCUCUCCACAGCACAGGUGGAAUACAGUGAAGACCAGCAGGCCAUGCUCAAGACUCCCAACACGUUUGCUGUGUGCACAAAACAUCGGGGAAUCCUCCUGCAGGCCAACAAUGAGAAAGACAUGAACGACUGGCUGUACGCCUUUAACCCUCUGCUGGCAGGAACGAUAAGAUCGAAGCUGGCAAGGAGGCGCACCGGCAUGUUGAAGAACUGAGCGAGUUGCCGGACACACAGAAAAAAACACAGCUUCUAUUGUUUCUGGAAGCCUUUGAACAUACCGAGUGUUAACACUUAUUAAUCUUUGUGAUUCUUGACGGUUUUCUCUUGUAAGUAGACUUGUGGCUUAAGUCUCCUUUCAUGCGACUAAAAGUUUCUGUUCCAGAGGAAUAUGCCUCCCCUUUCCUCCCUCCAACAAACCUCUGACAACUUAGCUUUCCUCCUCUCUACCCCUCUCCUCCUCAGCUUUUAGUGUUUUUGUUUUUAUGACGAUGUUGGGUCUAAUUUUGUUCCGCUUUGUUGUCAUUCCCUAACUCCCCUAACUAGUAGCAUGUUGUAAUAGUCUACUUGUGUGUGCACGAUUCUUCAGAAACAGUUCUUUCUGGCCACUAAUUUCAGUUUGCCAAUCAUCUGUACAAAAAUGUCUCUAUCAGUGUUAUCUGUGUCCAGAAAAUAUUUUAUUUUUAUCUUUUUUUUUUCUUUUGUAUGCCCGCAUGAUAACUGCAGCAGUCCUCAGGAGUAGACAAGGUGUCUUCUUAAAAGAUCAAAGAAACUAGUUGAAACCAUGAAGGGACAACAAAGAAAUAUCUCUUACUACAUAUCUGUUAACGUUCUGCUAGAAAGGCUACUUAAAGAUCUAGUGCUGCUAAUGAAUUCAUAGGCGUUUCUUCUCUUCAUUAGAUAUGCAUUAGGCCGCUGCCUAUAGCUCGCCUCUACUGCUUCUUAAAAAGCCUUUCGAAAGAAAUUAUCAAGUUGAAAAAAAAUGUCUAAGCCCCAACUCAGCCAGACAUGAGGGCAGCACUGGAUUCUCAACUUUCAUCCAUGAUGUGAUAUCUAGAUCCCACUCCUCAGCCCAUGUAAAUACACCAACUCCCAGCCCUGAGAGUCCCGUUAGUCAGUGAGUGAUUACUUACAAAAAAAACAUAAAUACAUGCUUACUGAUCAUGCAGAAAGAUGAUUUCAUAUCACAGAAUCGAAAACAUGACAGCAGAUUGUUCCUGCAGGAGAAGAUCGUCGCCCCUGUCCUUGAACUAAAAAUAGACAGGGUUUCCAGUAGAGGAGGAAAAGGGAGAUGGACAUAAUUUGUACAUACAGCCUGCUCUGGGAUCAGUGUUGUAGUUAUCGCUCAUCUAAGACAUUCCUCUCAGCUCCUCUUGCUUUUAGCAGUUUUUUCUUAAACUAUCAUGUUGAGGCUCGGACCUGAAAAGUGUCUCAACAUUUGCUAAAAGUUAGUUUAAGCCUCACGUGUGUGUAUGUGUGUGACACAGAAGACUAAACAGAACCUGUUGAGGAUGAAGUAGGAUUGAGAAUGAAGUUGUUUGAGAUGCGUUAGCCUUGAUGCCAGUAGGUACUGAUGAAGCUACUAGCACUCAGCCUGCAGGACGGACGACGACAGUCUAACCCAAGACUCACUCAGUGAAGUACUUCUUGUUCUGCAGCAGCGCAGGUUACCAUGUGUUCAUUUUCUCAUCUAACUCUCAGUGGGUUGACUUUAUUUUUUAACUAUUAACACUUGAUUAUUUUUUCUAUUAUGCUUUAACCAUUCCAUAGUGAAGUUUUAUAUGAAAUGUAACAGAGGGCAUUUAUUACUUCAUUUGUAACCAACUUUAUUGAUGUUAAAUCUUAUUUUGCACAUUAACACAUAUCUAUAGCAAGACAAGGGCAGAUCAUAACAUGUGUUGAAUCCAGGGUUAUUUUUGAGUAUCGGGAUCACUGAUAAGAGCACAUAUCAAGGCUACACUGGAUAGCUUUUUGUCAAAAAGGUUUACUAGAAAGAAAAAACAAAGAGAUAUUAAAGGGAUGACAUAUACUCAAAGGUUUUAUUCCUGGCAUUGUUUAUGAAAAUAUUUGCUCUGUAUAUUUGCACCACAGCUGCUGCAUUUGGCUCCUGGUGAAUAUUGAAUAUUUUUGGUGCCUCUGUUUCUACAGAUUGUACAAAUGUUAUGAGUCCAGACGGGCGAGAAAAACUCUGGCCAACCAACCAGCAGUGAGCCCGCCCGCUGUAUUAUACGAAAGGGUUAAAUGUGUAGAAACAGAGGUUGCCUGUCUGUUACAAGUGAAAGUGAAAUUAUUUGAGACAUAUUUUUAUAAAGGCCAAUAUAAGAACAAAGAAACAUUCUCCUCAGAGGUCAGUGUAAUUGAAAUUGUAAAGUUUGUGCCCUCAGGUCGGCCAACCUGCUGGUCACAGAAACUGAGUUGUGUAAAAUUGUUUCUGAGGAAAUGUUUUCUGUUUAAAGAAACACAAACGAGAAAGAAAAUAUUGAUUGAAAAUAUAGCUAUGCACUGAUCAAGGCUCAAAGUGCAAAGUGCUCACAUGAACUUCAGUGUACUCAGCAUAUGUUAGAAACGUACGGACAUGAAGGUCCCUGCCAGAGCAAACAUUUUCUCUUCAGUGACUGAUUUGCAGAGGUCUAUUAUUUUGGAUUGUGUAUUUAUUGUUUGCAAUGUAUAUAUUAGUUUGCAGCUCUUUGCACAUAUCAAUAAAAGGUUCAACUAACUGAUCAAAUAAAGUCUGUGCGGUUUAGUUGUUCUACUCAGAAUGAACCAAAUGACGGUGUGGCAGCCUCUUCCUGUCUGAACUGGGAGAGCGUUGAAUGUAAAAUGACGAUGUGUGUUUUUCCAUCAUUUCCAAAAGAGAAUUUAAAUGUAACCUGCUGCAUCUUUUCAGGGGAGGUGAGUUACAAAAGUGUUUCCUCUUGAUUAGAACGUGGUUUGAAUGAAAGUCUGCUUUUAAUUUGACAUUAUUUACUCACGGCUCAUGCUACACAGCCACUUACAACAAAAAAAAGGUGGUUUUAACAUUUUUUCUAAUAUCAGGGAAUAGAAUAUGAAGUAGCUAGUGACAUCUAAAAUGACAGUAUACUGUUGUUGUGCUGGUGUCUUUCUUCACCUCAACACUUUUUUUUUCCGUUGAUGCCUUUCAAACAAAACUAGCCAUGAUAUUUCCCAUCUUUCCCUCUGACAGUUAAUAUCAGUUAACUCCCUUUGGAUUUGUUCAGCUACAGAAAAAGACAGACCAUGACAUCAAACACUGUACAUUAUUUGUCAGACUGGUUUCAUUUUCAUACUUAUUUUGUAAAUAUCUGUGUUGUAUGGAGCUUGAAUUAAAAUGUAAAUAUGUUUACUGUAUUUGUAAUAAUUAUAAUCCAUUCGCUGUAUAGCAUAGAUGUGUCAUGCAGAUAUCCUAAUUCUGUGUAUGGUAAUCUUGCACCAUUGAACUGUUUAGUGAAUGAGGAAACAAUAAAAGUGCAAACUGUGCAUUAGCAGAACAA